GAUCAGUCAGUGCCUCUCAAGUUCAAACUCUGCCAUGGUCAUGGUGGUGGACGAGAUUAUUGCUCUUCAUUGCAUGCUUUACAGCUCUCCUUGGGAACGGAGUCCCCACAAUGGUUUCGAUUAUGGGGGGGGUAGUUGUUGUUUCUACCACUUUGCAAGGCGUCUCAGUUUUUCCAAACAGUGGAGCUCAAAGUGAGAGAGUCCUGCUAUCUACUACUCAUUUCUUUUGGUCUGCUGCCACAACUUCUUCAAUGACUUGCACAGUUCAGAAUGGGAAGGCCUCGGAUAUAUACUUGACGGUGACCCCAUGUUGCGAUUUUCAUCCCGAUGAGUCUUCUCCCCUCUUGUCAUUGAAUCCAAUUUCUGCUCAAGAAUUCAUUCCAUCGUUGAAAAGGCGGAUCGUCCAAGGCGGAGGGAGCAAGGCGAAAGUGAUUCUGCCCCGCGAUCCGCGCAUCAAAUUCGAUGCGAAAGAAGAAUCGUGAUUUUGUCCGGAGAUUUGCUUGCUGUACCCACUUUCUUAAGUGUUGAUUCGUGGGGCAGUUUUUUCCAAAUGAAGCACAUGCUCCAAACGAAUUUCUCCAGAGAGUCAAUACAUGUUUGAAAAUGAAUUGACAAUAGUUUGGUCCACUAUGACUUUUACUCCAAUGUAUCUCUGGUGGCAAGAAUCUAGCACAGCUGUGGGCUGAAUCUUUUCGGGACUAAUUCUCUCGUACAGCUUUGGGUGGGGGGUAUAUUCUGAUCCCCCCCUUCUCAAACCAAGUCUCUUCUGUCUGCUGCAGUGACAAAGUUGUGGCAACAGGGAGAGAUCGCCAGAAUUACUCCCACAUGGACACGAACCGCGUUGCUCCGAACUCUGGUGUUCGUAAUAACCUUGCUGCUGCUUCUGCUUCAACAUGACGUCGCCGGAACCUUGGAUGGACUGUUCGUGUCCGGCAAGGACUGAUCAAGUGCGAGCCUUCAUACCACUGUCGCACCCUUUGCAACGCGACUCCUUGAAUGUAUGUUCGCCACCGACUUUAACACCUACUAAUCAAGUAACUUUAGCAUGUGUAGGUGUAAAUAAAGGGCAGCUUAACUUUAGGAAGUGAGCUUAAGCUGGAUUUCGAAAGCUGUUAUUGGCAGCGUCUGAAAGCUAAGGAUUUACGUUCUGCGUCCAAGACGUGCCUGGUGUGAUAUUCACAUGUCACCACGCGGAAUCUCGUGAAAUAGAAUGGAACCCACUGUUUUCCCUGGCAUUCAGUUUUCAUUCAUGAACACUCUCUGUGGCAUUGGUAUUUGGGAAUGUAAAAUAGGUGAUGGAUGUGAUUUUACUCGAGUCCAUCCAGGUGACGUUCUGUGUGUCUGCAGAGACUUGUAGCAUUCCCAGAGUUGGUUGGUUCACGUGAAGGUAGAUCCUAACUGUCCUGCCCCCUUCCUUCCCCGCGAGAUUCAUUGUGGAGGGCCUUUGAAAAUGUGUCCUUCAUCUGUUGAUGAACUAAUUCCCCCACUUCAUCUGAAGUGCUACUGAGCGUUUUUGUCUGAUCACGGUCACAAAACAUAUUUACGUGGCACGUUGGGUCUCGCUAUUUCUACAUUCGAGGGUGCUGUGCAGUUGGCCCAUUAACACUCCUUGGCUUCAUAAGUCAUGACCUGAUGAACCGUUGAUGUGAUGAUGUUCAUGACAGCCAUCUCCCGAAAUCUUUAGUUAAAUAUGUGUUAAAUACGUGAAAUCAUCAGGGAGAUCAGAAUGCGACAAUCUCUAGUUGCAGCUUCAUAGCUCCUCAUCUCGAACAGAAGCAGCUUGUAUUCGUCAAAAUGUGCAAAGAAACCCAUAUUUUAGAACCCUUGUCUACGUCAUUUCAAUGAAGGAAAAUUGAGAACAGAGAGCAGAAGUGUGACAUCGCGAAGUGGCAUUUCUCUCAUGGAGAUAUCUGGUCCUUGGAAACAGCAACGCCAGCACCAGCUGGCGAGAGUUGGCGUUCUUAUGCUGAUGUUGAGCUUGUGUUUUACUCUCCACGCGCAAGAUAAGACCGACGAUUACAUUACCACCGACACAGAGAACAUCACCACAAGUACGAAGGUGGUCAUCAGUGCGCCAUAUUCUAUAAUCUCGAGAUCGUUGGGAGUAUUCACCACAGGCAUCCCAAUCGAGCCCAUCUACAUCCAAGCACCAUCAGGGCUGGUGGCUUGGAUGACGCUGCAGUGCCGCGGGGGGGCUGCUCGAAUAACCCUGCCGAGCUACGCAGCGAACGAUGUGCUGCUUCAGACUGAUCCGACAGGGGAGUGGAUGCGGGCAAACAUUCCGCAGAACAGCGAGCAGGAGGUGACGGGACUGGGCAUCAAGUUUCGGCAGAACAUCUCCGUCGCCAACGACGCUCUUGCAACUCUUAUGUAUGGCAAAGGCUCUGGCAACGAUGUGGCGGGGUGGGCAACGAUGACGAUCACGUUGAACUGGGUGGCCCGAGACCCGAGAAACCAAGCCACUUCCAUUCUCGCCACCUCCCGACGUAUCCUCGUUUGGGCCCCAACGGCCUUGACAAAUCUUUCAACUUACCAACUCAUGGUGGUGGUGGUGUGUUUGGUGGGCAUCAUUGGGUUGUGUUGCCUUGGAUGUGCCAACUCCUUUGCCACCAAAUACCUCCGUGCUUACAAUGUCAUGCGCGAAAGAGAUGGCCGUGACCACCAAGAAUGUGAGCAAACUAGGGUUUUCAAUCCAAUGUGGAUUCCAAGCCCCUUGAACACAUUAGGAUACUAUUGCAUUGAGUCAACUGCAAACCCACUGAUUGUGUGUCAACAACGUUUAGAAAUUAAAUGCAAGAUUUUGUGUAUCAUCAGUACAUUCAAUUUCAUGGACAGAUUGUUGAAAGUGAAACAUCUGAGGAACAGCAAUUAUGGAUGGUCAAGUUAUAAGAAUUCAUGCAAAUUGCCUCUACUACUGGAAGAUUAUGACAGUGAUGAUGGAAUGCUUCAAGGCUUUCAAUACAAACAUACUUCAAGAUAGUAUUUUUGAUUCAUUUGAAAUUUCGUUAAUCUAAGUUUCCUAGUUUGAAUAAAGCCAUUCUAAUACACAAAAUAAAUAGGAGAAAAUACAUUCAAAAACAUGUAAUUAUAAUAAAUUAAUCUAGAUAAAAAUAUUGCAGUAUUUUGAUCCUGAAUUACAAAUAUAAGUUUAUCCUGAAAUUUAUAGUUUCAAGUUAGUGAUAUUUAUCAUUAACUAUGUCUUCAUGGUAUUAUAAACCACAUACAUGCACAUUGUUC